UCCCAUAAUUCUCUCUCUAUAAUCCAUGCCGCUGUUCGUGUCAGAUCCCAGACAAAACAUAAUACCUUCACCCAUUUCACCUUUCCUUUACAGCUUCUGUGUUCAUAUUAUUUUUACAUCAGAAAUAAUAUUCCAAUUCUUUUAAUCAAUAUUCCAUUGUUACCAUAUCAGACCUUCUUCAUUUUCCUUUCUGUAUUAUAAUUUUUAAAAAAAACAAAAACUGCAUCUCUGUGAUCAUUCUUAUCAUCUUCCUGAUUGUGAUUUGAUUAUUCCUGAUUUUUUGGGCUGAGAUACAUUUGCAGGAGGGAGGGAAUUGAAGUUUUUAGAAUGAAAGCAAUGGGGAAGCCUCUUGGGAGGAAGAACAGUUGUGUAUUAUCGAGGUCGAAUAAUGAGAGCUUCAAGCUUGGAAAAGCGGUGGUAGAGCGUUCUUAUAGCUGCAAGGCGUUCGAUGAGGACACUGCGGUCUUCAUCAACAUGUCACAAGAACUCAAGGAAGAAGGGAAGAAAUUGUACCAAAGGCAUGACUAUGAGGGUGCAAUGUUAAAAUAUGAGAAAGCCAUUAAAUUGCUCCCCAAGAACCAUAUCGAUGUUGCCUUCUUGCGUACUAACUUAGCCUCUUGCUAUAUGCAAAUGGGGAUUGGGGAGUACCCGAAAGCAAUAAACGAAUGCAAUUUAGCACUUGAAGUUGCUCCCAAGUAUAGCAAAGCUCUGCUGAAGAGGGCAAAGUGUUAUGAGUCUUUGAAUAGGCUCGAUUUAGCGUUGAGGGAUGUGAACCAUGUUUUGAGCAUAGAGCCUAAUAAUUUGACUGCAUUGGAGAUCUCCGAGCAAAUCAAGAACGAAAUGGAAGAGAAGGGUCUAGUGCUUGAAGAUAAAGAAAUCGUUCAGGCUCCCGAGUAUGUUGAGCCUCCAGAUACUUCUUCUGCUAGCAAGGUAAGGGAAAAAGUGAAGAAGAAGAAGACUCAUAAACACGAUAAGAAGAAAGUUGAGGAAGUGGAAGCGAAAAAGGUCGAGGAGGAGGAAGAAAAGAAGGCUGAAGACAAGGUGGUGGUAGAUGAGAAGAUAAGCGUUAAGGAAGAGAAAACAGUGAUGAAGACUGUGAAGAUAGUACUCGACGAGGAUAUAAGAUGGGCACAAUUACCCGUUAACUGCAGUAUCGGGCUGGUAAGGGAUGCAGUUCUGAAACGAUUUCCAAGCAUGGGAGGUAUACUUAUCAAGUAUAAGGAUCAAGAAGGUGACUUGGUUACAAUUACAACAACUGCUGAACUUAGGAUGGCCGAGGCAUCUCUUGAUCCAAAUACUUCAUUAAAGCUGUUCAUCAAAGAAGUUAGCCAAGAUAGAGAACCGGUUUAUGAAUGGGGUGAUGAGGAAAAACUGCAGACAAAAAAGCCCAAACCAUCUAAAGUUACCGAGGAAGUUCACUUGGAAAAAGACAGAGUAGUGGUGAGGGGGCCAAUUUGUGUUGAGGACUGGAUAGUACAGUUUGCGCAGCUUUUCAAAAACCAUGUUGGGUUUGAAUGCGAUUCGUAUUUGGAUAUUCACGAGAUAGGGAUGAAGCUAUACUCAGAAGCCAUGGAGGAUACCGUUACAGGUGAAGACGCGGGAGAGCUUUUUGAAAUUGCCGCAACAAAGUUCCAAGAGAUGGCUGCUUUAGCCUUGUUUAAUUGGGGGAAUGUGCACAUGUCUAGGGCAAGGAAGCGAGUAUACCUUACAGAAGACGGUUCCAAUGGUUCAGUCUUGGAACAGGUUAAAUCCGCAUACAAUUGGGCACAAAAUGAAUAUGCAAUGGCUGGAAAAAGAUAUGAAGAAGCUAUGAAACUCAAGCCAGACUUCUAUGAAGGGCUUCUUGCACUCGGACAACUACAACUCGAACAAGCAAAACUACGCUGGUAUUACGUGGUCGGGAGUGGGACCAAAGUCGAUUUAGAGACUGCCCCAUCUGCCGAGGUCUUGGAAAUGUAUAACAAGGCAGAGGACAACACGGAGAGAGGGUUGCAGAUGUGGGAGGAGAUGGAAGAACAGCGUCUCAAUGGACUUUCCAAACACGAAGAACAUAAAUCCCUGUUGCGUAAAAUGGGUUUGGAUGGAAUACUUAAAGAUGUCAUACCCGAAGAAGCUGAAGAGCAAGCUGCAAACAUGAGGUCUCAGAUUUACCUGUUAUGGGGUGCCUUACUCUACGAGCGUUCUGUUAUGGAGUAUAAAUUGGGUUUACCAACAUGGGAGGAGUGCUUAGAGGUUGCGGUGGAAAAGUUUGAACUGGCUGGAGCAUCUCAAACAGAUAUAGCUGUCAUGAUAAAGAACCAUAAUUCUAAUGAUACGGCUUUGGAAGGGUUCAAGAUUGACGAGAUUGUGCAAGCAUGGAAUGAAAUGUACGAUAGUAAUAGGUGGCGGACUGGUAUCCCGGCUUUCCGCCUAGAACCAUUGUUUCGUCGACAGAUUCCCCAACUGCAUACUGUGCUGGAGAAUCUUUAAGUUAUCACAGUCGAGAAUGAUAUUUCAUUGGGGCAGAGGAUAUUGGUACACCUUCAUUUACUGCAGUGUGUGCUUGCCAGUUAUAAUAGGGCCAAUUCAUUUAUCUUUAUAGGGCUGCACUCAUGAAGUAAUGCUAGUCAGGUUACACAUCUUUCUCACUUCUCACACAUUUAUGAUCCUCCCCAGGUUUGUCUAGUGGAUUAUAUUCAUGUCAGCAGCGUAUUCUGCUCGUGCGCUGUUUGCUUCAGAAAGAAAAAAGCACGAAAGUUCGUUAGAUUCCAGAAAUACAUACAGCCUAUUUAUUUGGAUAUGAUAUGAAGCUGUUUAUAUCAUUCAACUUUUCAUUGGUACAUGAAAAGUAUUCUUGGCAGUCAGCAGAGAUCACAUAAAGAAUCUGCAUCAAAUUCUUCACACAGUUUAGGUUCUGACUGUGAAGAGGGGAAUGGCUUUGUAGAAGAAAAAUGUAUAUUGCCAUUAUUUUUUUUUUUCUUUUCAUAUAGGUUGUGAGCUUUGUUCAAUCUUAAUAAUUAUUGUUUGUUUUUAAACAGGUUGU